AAUUAUGGGAAUUCAACCAACAAUAUAUUACCAACACCAAUAAUAAUGAAAAUAAUAAAAAUAAUAAAACUUAAUGUCUUUUAGCAUAUUAAUAGUAUUCUAAUAGUAUUUUGUGAUGACCAGUCAUCGUUCAUCUCUACAAAAUCUCACUUUUCCGAUAACAAACGCUAAAUUGGUUUCAAAUCUCAUUUCACUCAAAGUUAAAACUGAAUCGCUAAAAAUGCUGAUUAAGAUUCCAACAAAUAUAUUAAUUAUUUUUCUACAAUUAACAAUUUUUUUUUUUAAAGAAUAUCAACAGAAAAGAACAUUAUAUUUUAACAAGAUAAACUAUGGGAUCAAAAUAAACAUAAUAAAAACAAAAAAAUAAAAAAUUCAUAACAUUAAAAGAAUAAAGAGUAAAGAAUAAAGAAUAAAUUCAUAUAAGAUAAA